AUGGCUGCGCCCUGUGGCUCGGAGCUGCCCGCCAACUCGCCGCUAAAAAUCCCGAAGAUGGAGGUGCUCUCCCCGGCUUCUCCUGGUGGCCUGAGCGACGGAAAUCCAUCGCUGUCCGACCCUUCCACGCCUCGGGGUGCCUCCCCGCUCGGGCCGGGCAGUGCGACGGGCUCGGGGGCAGCGGCGUCUGGGGGUCUCGGGCUGGGGCUGGGGGGCCGCAGCGCCGCCUCGUCCUCGGUCUCCUUCUCCCCUGGUGGCGGCGGUGGCGGGGCUGCGGCAGCCGCCGCCGCCGCCUGCCGGGGCAUGUCGUGGACGCCGGCCGAGACGAACGCGCUCAUCGCAGUAUGGGGCAACGAGCGGCUGGUGGAGGCGCGGUACCAGCAGCUGGAGGGAGCCGGCACGGUGUUCGGCAGCAAGGCCCCUGGGCCAGCCAUGUACGAGCGCGUGUCCCGGGCCCUGGCCGAGCUGGGCUACGAGCGGACCCCUUCCCAGUGCCGGGAGCGCAUCAAGACCCUUCGCAGGUGUUACAGUCGGGUGAAAGAACAUGGUGUUGGGAAAAGAAAGAGCAGUUACACAUUUGAACAGUUGGAACAGGUGUUUGGUCAGGGAGGAUGGGAUGCUCAGCCCUGCCAGCCUGUACUUAUUAACAGUAGUGGCUUGUACCAGGAGCUGGAGUCAGAUGGCAGCACUAUGGAGGAGUAUUCACAGGAGGACUGGGGAAACCACAGUCAGGAUCUCCAUGGCUAUCCAACAGAUCAGGAAUUGGAUGAAAUACCUGUCACAAAGAGAACAUUAAAAAUAAAACAAGAGUCUUCUGAAGAAGCACAGAAGAGAGACAUCAUGCAAAAUAUUGUACAGAUUUUGGAAUCAGUACAAUUGAAAUGGGAACUGUUUCAGAGCUGGACAGACUUUUCAAGGCUUCAUCUUUCUAAUAAACUGGCCAUUUUUGGAAUUGGUUAUAACACCCGUUGGAAAGAGGAUAUCCGUUACCAUUAUGCUGAGAUCAGCUCCCAGGUGCCCCUGGGCAAGCGACUCCGGGAGUACUUCAACUCCGAGAAGCCCGAGGGACGGAUCAUUAUGACCCGCGUGCAGAAAAUGAACUGGAAAAAUGUUUACUACAAAUUUUUAGAGAUCACCAUUAGUGAAGCUCGGUGCCUGGAGCUGCACAUGGAAAUUGACUGGAUACCCAUCGCCCAUUCCAAACCAACUGGUGGGAACGUUGUUCAAUAUUUAUUACCAGGAGGCAUUCCCAAAAGUCCAGGCCUUUAUGCCAUUGGUUAUGAAGAAUGUAUUGAGAGGCCCCCCUCACCCCACAUGGAGCGACGUUCCCUAGACCCAGGAAAGGAGGGCCGGGUUGACUUGGAGACCCUGUCAGCACAAGCCUCAUUACAGGUGGAAAUCGAACCCACCCGAAUAAUCUAUUGCUACCUCGGGAUUGCUGAGGUCAGGACUCUCCAGCAAUGCUUAUUUUUACAUUUCCAAGCAAAUACCAAAACCUUCAGCAAAGAUUGGGUUGGUAUUAAUGGGUUUUUGUCUCAGAACUGUAUUGUGGAUCCUGGAGUUUCCCCCAAAUCCAUCUAUAUCAAAUUUGUUGAAGUAGAGAGGGAUUUUCUUUCCGCUGGCUCUUUAGUUGAGUGCCUGGAAAAAGCCAUUGGAUACCCCUUAAAAUUUAACAACUGA